AUCAAACAGCUUCUCUUAUUCCCUUUUCUCUCUCCCUCUACUCUCCCCACCUCUUUCUCAUUUUUCGGCCAUGGAGUCCAAGUGGGGCGCCGCCGCCACCAGCAUCAUAGCGGCAAACUUCGACGACUUCAAGUGGAUCGCCUCCAUGUUCUAUCCCGACGUUGCAAACGACAACGUCAAGCCAUGCAAGCUCGAUCCUUUCACCGACGAAGCUUUCCAAAACCUGGAGGCAGUAACCGCAUCUUCAACAUGUGGUGGAGUAACAGAAGAUACCCUUGUCCACUCCCAAAACCUCACUCCCAUUCAAUCCACUAUCUCUGCAACUAUUGAUUCUCUGUCUUCCAUUUGUGUUGGGAGCCCAUUGUCUGCUAAUAAACCAAACGCGAGAGAUAAUCAAGUAAAAGGGGCCACCACCACUACAAGUGGUUCCUCACGUGAGCCAUCUGAUGAGGAUGAUGAAGCAGGUCCUUGUGAACAAAGCACAAACGCUAUUGAUGUGAAGCGCCUAAGAAGGAAGGUUUCUAAUCGAGAGUCUGCAAGGAGGUCCAGGAGGAGAAAACAAGCCCAUUUGGCUGACCUGGAGUGGCAAGUCGAACGGUUGAGACUUGAAAACGCAAACCUAUUUAAGCAGCUUACAGAUGCCAGCCAACAAUUUCGUGAAGCUGAUACAAAUAAUCGAGUCCUAAAAUCAGAUGUCGAAGCUUUGAGAGCUAAGGUGAAAUUAGCUGAGGAUAUGAUCACUCGUGGCACACUCACCCCUACCAACAACCAGAUUCUUCAAAAUCAGAGUCCACUAAACACCCCACCUCAACUCAACACGAAUAAUUUACGCCGCAUGGGAUAUGUUUCGCCAACCUUCACCGUCCAUGGGAAUGAUGCUACUGCUUCAUAUGGUGGUGGAAUCACAGUUAGUGGACAAAAUUCACCGCUUGGUGGGCUUGGAAACUUGGAUAAUAUUCCAUGCAGCGAUUUCAAUAGUGGAGUCAAUAGCGAUAAUGCUGUGAGCUCUAUGACUAGCAUGUGGCCUUAAUUAACUUGACGUAAUUUUUAUGGGUGAUGUUAGGUGCACUCAGUAUUUUUUGAAAAUGUCAAAACUGCCCUCCGCUAUCUUCUUCUUUUAAAAGCUGUUUUUUUUUGUGUGUGCAAAAAUGUUAGCGCAGUGUUUCUUUCGUACGAAUCAAGUUGAUCCACAAGGUUGAUACGGAUCAAGUUGAUCCAUAUCUUGAUAUUAAGCAUACAGAUUAACUUGAUCCGUAAAAGCCUUACGGAUCAACUUGAUCCGUAAGCUUAUAGAAAAUUUCAACGGUGCAGCACCAACAGAAGAAGAAUACGCAAAGUCGAGGUGAAGACCACCACCACCAUGCUGCCAAUAAUGUUGAAGAAGAACGCGCAAAAGAAGACAAAGGGCAGUCGCGGAUGGAAAACGAAACGAAAGAGACAAGGUGCGUAAGGAAGAAAAAGUGUUGGGUGCACUAAUAUUUUUAAAAAUAUGUCAGGGGUAUUUCAGUCUUUUUCCCUUAAGUGUUGGGUGCACCAGCAAUAAUGCUGGGUGCACCUAGCAUCACCCAAUUUUUAUUACACCUCAUCUUGUAGUAGUGUCCAGUUAGAUAUAAUAUUAUGUAUGCCUUAAUUUAUUAGAUUUGUAUUUAGGUUAUAUUGUGGAAAAUAACAAAGGGCUUUCUACAUGUCAGAUCCCGUCUAGAAUACUUAGCAUGGUUUGUGUUAAA